AUGCGCCAUGUGCCUGGUCCGUUGCAGGACGUCAUGAAGAAGCGCGCAGAUCAGCUGGACAACUCGCAGGGAGACCACAGUCGGAUCGCCAGCGCCAACUCGGAUCGGUACUCAGUGGCAAUCGCGACGGUGUUUGAUCAAGGCCCAUGGGUGGAAAUGUGUCAGUAUCUGGGCAUGCCAGCUGUAUCGGGGACGCUUUACGGCAGUAUCAAGAUCCGCAACUUGAAGUGCACGGUGCAGAACAUUGUGGAAGAUGAUGAAGCGCUGGCCAAGGUCCCGCAGCUCUUAGCUCUCAUCAAGUCGGUGCGCUACGUUGACGAAGAGAUCGUAGCUGUUCUACAUGAUCCGACGGGAGAAGUCGAAGGCUACUUUCACCGCGAACUUGUGGAGCAACUUGGGCCAGCGCUCGUUGCUGGAGUGGGUGUUCUGCUGUACAAGGUGUCAGUGUUCACUCCCACUGAUGCACCCGUGUCAGGUAGGCGAAAGAGCUAUUUGAACAUCACGCCCCGAAAUGUCCGACGGAUAUUCGUAACAAACGAGCAAUUGAGCACCUCGCUCGACGAGAACCCAGUCGAUGUGUUCAACAAAGAGAAGGAGGUAGAAUCUCAGCAAGAGAGCGACAAUGACGAUUACGACGACGACCAAGCGUCCAGGAGCGAGCAGGCAGCCCGUCAGCUGCUGCAACACAGCACAGUGCGCGACACUUCAGCCGAAUUGACUUUCCUCUCGCAGCGCCAAGUGAUUCAUCGCAAUCCUCCUGUGCGAGUAGAUCCCGCUGCAGCACCUACCACCAAGAAGAAAGGCAAGCGCGGAAAAGGUACUGCAGCCAGCAAGAGCCAAAGUGAAGAAAGCGGUCUGGGGAAAUGGCAGUGGAGCAAGUUACUCAAGAAGACGACGGACGGCAGCGACGACGAGUCAGCUGAAGAUUCGAGUCGUUCACAACAACGCCAGGGGUUUCUGGACGCCAGCUCGCGCCUCAUGAGCUUAAUUACCAAGCAGAACUCGAAAAGCAGGUAUGAUAUAGUAUGA